CCAGGCUCCAUCCGUCACCACCACCACCACCACCACCACCGACGAGGGAGGGAUCACCGGGAUCAGGGAUCGCUUUAUCCGCCGCGUCCGUGUCAAGCCAAAAGGCGUGAUUGAUUUGAAUAACGAGCUGCCGUCGAACGGGGACAUCGCCAAGAGGACGUUUUGCUUGUACUGGGUACCCGGGAGGACGGCAUGGGGGGACACGCGGCGUUUUUCCUCUUACUUGCGGCGACCUUGACGCUCUCAUCUGAGGUGCCUGCUGAUGACGCGGUGAGUUUGCUGACUGAACCGCAGGUGGCCAUGUUCUGCGGCAAGCUCAACAUGCACAUCAAUGUGCAGAGUGGCAAUUGGGAGCCAGACCCAUCUGGCUCCAAGAGCUGCAUCGGCACCAAGGAGGGCAUCCUGAAUUACUGCCAAGAGGUGUAUCCAGACCUUCAGAUCACUAAUGUCGUGGAGGCCAACCAGCCCGUCAGCAUCCAAAACUGGUGCAAAAAAGGCCGCAAGCAGUGCCGCAGUCGCAAUCACAUCGUGGUGCCCUACCGCUGCUUGGUCGGGGAGUUUGUGAGCGAUGCCCUUCUGGUUCCUGACAAGUGUAAGUUCUUCCACAAGGAGUAUAUGGACCAGUGUGAGAGCUAUCUGCACUGGCACACUGUCGCCCAAGAGUUCUGCGGCGACCGCGCCGCCAAUCUCUUUGACUACGGGCCGCUGAUGCCGUGCGGCAUUGACCUUUACCGAGGGGUGGAGUUUGUGUGCUGCCCGAUCGAGGCCGGGCAGGAGUCCGAUAGCGAAGAAUCGGACGUCUGGUGGGGCGGAGCUGAGCCUGACAACAAUGAUAACAGCAUGGCGCGGCAGACGGACACUGAGCCUCCUGCCGCCGAGGAGGAGGAUGAUGAGGAAGACGACGGCCAGGCUGACACUUUUGAACGGGACGAGAAUGACGAUGAAGAAGUUGACGAGGAGGAAGAGGAGGACGAGGAAGACGACGACGACGACGUGACCGACGAGCGGGAAAGCGACGAGCGCAACGCUAACGUCGCCAUGACAACCACCACCACCACCGAAUCCAUUGAGGAAGUCGUCCGAGCCGCUUGUUGGGCACGCGCCGAGUCGGGCCCGUGUCACGACGUGCUGGCGCGCUGGUACUUCGUGCCUGAAAAGGCCCGCUGCGCCCCCUUCCUGUUCGGGGGCUGCGGGGGCAACAGGAAUAACUUUGAUUCCGAGGAAUACUGCCUAGCUGUCUGCAGCAGCUCGUUACCCACCAUGGCGCCCAGCCCUCCGGAUGCCAUCGACCAAUACCUCGAGUCGCCCGGCGACGACAACGAGCACGGCGACUUUCAGAGGGCGAAGGAAAGCCUGGAGGCCAAGCACAGGGAAAAGCUGUCCCAGGUGAUGAAGGAAUGGGAGGAGGCUGAGAGGAAGGCCAAGAACCUCCCACGUGCCGAGAAGAAAGCCAUCAUUCAGCGUUUCCAGGAGAAGGUGGAGGCCCUGGAGGAGGAAGCCGCCGGAGAGAGGCAGCAGCUGGUGGAAACCCACAUGGCCCGCGUAGAGGCUCUGCUCAACAGCCGCCGACGCGUGGCUCUGGAAAACUACCUCAGCGCACUGCAGGCCAACCCUCCACGGCCCCGUCAGGUGCUGAGUCUGCUGAAGAAGUACAUUCGGGCCGAGCAGAAGGACCGCCAGCACACAGUCAAACAUUACGAGCACGUCCGAACUGUCGACCCGAAGAAGGCGCCGCAGAUUCGGCCUCAGGUUUUGACACACUUGCGUGUGAUCGACGAGAGGAUGAACCAGUCGCUUGGUUUGCUUUACAAGGUGCCCAACGUGGCCAACGAGAUCCACAGCCAAGUCUCCGUCAUCGUGCAGCGGGUUCAGUCCGAGCUUUCUCAGCAAGUGUCCUCCCUGCAGAGUGACAACAGAGUGGACGGCAGGAUGAGCUACGGCAACGACGCCCUCAUGCCCGACCAGGCGUACAGCUCGGCUCCGAUGGAACCCGGCCUCGACGGGCUGGGCUUUAUCCACCCCGAGAGCUUCAACCAGCCCAACACUGAGAACCACGUUGAGCCUGUUGAUGCCCGCCCACUUCCAGAUAGAGGGUUACCCACACGGCCUGUGUCUGCCCUGAAGCCAGAAGAGAUGCCCCAAGUGCGUAUGGAGACAGAGGAGAGGCAAAGUACUGGCUACGAAGUCCACCAUCAAAAACUGGUCUUUUUCGCCGAGGACGUAGGCUCCAACAAAGGCGCCAUCAUCGGGCUGAUGGUGGGAGGCGUCGUCAUAGCGACCAUCAUCGUCAUCACCCUGGUGAUGCUGAGGAAGAAGCAAUACACUUCCAUCCACCACGGCGUCAUCGAGGUGGAUGCGGCGGUGACACCUGAGGAGCGUCACCUGGCCAAGAUGCAGCAGAAUGGCUACGAGAAUCCCACCUACAAGUUCUUUGAGCAGAUCCACAACUAAUAGGACCCCCUUUCGCUCCUCCCCCGAGGUUCUGUUCCACUCUGCGCUCCCAUUUGACAUAAACAAACAAAAAAAGGAUCGUGCUCAUUUUAAAGAGAGGAAAUUUGUGUUUGGGCCAAAGGAAGCAGACAUGGAACAAAACCUAGUUAACCCCGUCAAUUGCACAAAGUAACACUAACGGAGUGAGACAAGGGUACCCUGUGUCACCAGCACAUUUCAACCAAUCACACGACACCCCUUUGCAGUGUUUGUACUCAAAGAAAUUGUUGACCGACUAUAGCUAUACAGUACAUACAUAUAUAUAUAUAUAUAUAUAUAUAUAUAUGAAUAUUAUUAUUAUCAUCGCAGCACUGUGCUACCCAGCUAUUUAAACUAUCCAGCGCAAAACAUUUCAAGUUUUAAUUUUUGUGUGUAAUAUAUGAAGGAGAUUAGCUGUACGUCUAUGUAGUGCAUGGCCAUAUUGAGUCCAACUGGGUCUGACGUUUAGAUAUUUUAGCGGGAUUGUACAUUUCUGGUGUCUUCUUUGUGAUCUUGUGCAAAAUGAAGAUGAUAAAAAAAAAAUAAUAUUCAGAAUGCUUUAAACAUUUUUUAAGUUCAUCUCCAUGCUUCACUGUUGUUAGCUGCAUGGGCAAAAAAAUCAAACAACAACAAAAAAGAAUCAAAUACUAUAUGUAAUAUAUGAAGUGUAAUAGUAUCCGAAAGGAAGAUGAUUGUGUUACUAUUUUGGGUUUUAUGCACUCUAUCUUUGUCAUUUUGGGGAACGUCUGCUUAUCACCAAGUACAGUGGAACCUCCCACGUGGAACGACGUUUGUGGGCAUGAAAACGAUGAAAAGGAUUAACUGCACAUGUGUUUGCUUUGUUUUUACCUUUUUUUGUGUGAAGGACAGUAGUGAUAGCAAAGAGGAAAAGUGGAGGUAAGGGACUGGCUGUGCAGUACAAUAUUAGGAAUAGAAAUUCCUUCAAUAUCAGUUAAUACACUAAACUCCUUUGCUCCAUGACUCAGAUGAAGGAAACUAUUUAACUUUUUGGGUUGUUACCUUCUCUUAUAUUGUACUACAAAUUUGAUCCUGAAGCAGAUUAAUUCAUGUUACAUUAUGUCCAAUGGGGAAAUGGCUUUGUACUUAGAACAGCUCAGAAGUCAACCAGUGUGAUUGCAUUUCUACUCAGGAGGUUCCACAGUAUGAGCCCUCAAUGCAGACUUUGCAGUUCAAAGUCAGAUUGGACCUUUCGACGGAUCCACUGGAGUGGAACUGGAGGCUAAUAGCCAAAUCAUUCCUGUUGAAUCAUUCCGUUAUUGAUUGUAAAAUUGAUGUUUGGGCAAAAUAGGCCCGUUUUUCCUAUGUUCCCCACAGCUUUAAUAGUGACAGAUUAGUAUUGGGGAUAUUGAGUUCCACCACCCCCUUUAUGAUACCAACUUGUUUUUUGUUUUUUUUCAUUGCAGCCGUGUCUUGUCUGUUGUGUGGUAGAUCUGUUGAGUCAUUACCUCCCCUCCUUUCCUCUCCCCUCCCUAACAUUAACAUAUCCCAACACAGACAUGUGAACUGAAGCUCUUGUUCAGGUGAAUGUUUAAAAAUGUUUUGUAGUUACAUGAACCAUUUGCUUAAGUUUCUACUGCCACCAUACCAUGAAUAAAAUUUUUAAUGUACAUAAACGA